AUGCCGAUAACAAGAUUCAGAUGCUGCAGCAGCAGCAGCGGCAACAACAACAGCGUCUCGCUCAAUACUCGAACGGAGCCCCAACCCGUAACCACAUUCGUCAAAGCGUUUGCUCCCGCCAUCGUCGCCAAUCUCAGUCUCGGCUUCGACUUCCUAGGUUGUGCCGUUGACAGGAUGGGGGACAUUGUCUCCGUUAGGGUCGACCCACAGGUUCACCUGGGCGAGAUACACAUCUCCGACAUCACCGACCACACUCCCGACAAGCUCAACAAAAACCCUCUUUGGAACUGCGCUGGCAUCGCCUCCAUCGAAGUCAUGAAAAUGCUCUCCAUUCGAUCUGUAGGCUUCUCGCUCUUCCUGCAGAAGGGCCUGCCUUUGGGAAGCGGUGGUCGUACAAUGAAGGAUGAUGCGAUUCUGAGUUUUGUCGCCAUGUUGCUGGAAAGGUGGUCGUGGUGGCGACGCGACAUGGAGGUGCUUUAUGGUGCGACGCCGAUUUGGGGGUAUGCGAGGGUGAUGAUGCGCGAAGAUGGGUUCGAUUAUGGGUUCCUCUGGAUUUGCAGAUCUGGUGGAGAAGAAUGGCGAUCUUAG